CCCUAGAAGAACAAGUAAAUACAAUACUAAGACAGGGAGUUGAGAGUGUUGGGUAUCAGGACUUUGCAGGAGGCACCUACAUAGAUGUACCAUAUGAUAAACUAUUUAUCAUGAUAGCGGAUCCCUAUAUUCAUCGAAUAAUUCGAAAUUAUUUACCACAACAUUCCCAUCAAAUUAUUAUUCGAGGUGCACACUAUUCCCUAGUAAAAUUAAGACAUGAAUUUAGAGAAAUACAAAAUCUAAUCAGUGAAAUGAGACGUGAACUUAGACGUCUUACUUGUUACGUAAGUGUACCCAACAAUAAAAUCGAAAUAGUAUCUUUCGAAGAAGAUGAACCUCAUAAUUCUAGUUCUAGUAAUCCUGGUAAUUCUAGUAAUCCUGGUAGUUCUAGUAAUCCUGGUAAUUCUAGUAAUCCUGGUAGUUCUAGUUAG